UGAUUUUCCUUCUCACUUUUUAUUUGUUUUGAGAGACUCCCUUUUCUUUCCUCCCUUCCCUUCCUUCUCUUUCUCUGUCCCUCCGUCUUUCCCUUCCUUCCCUCCUUUAAAAUAAUCCAUUGCUGCACUUGUCUUUUACUAAAAAGUUGCCUUGCUUAAGGUUUUUCUUCUGUUAAAUGUAUUCAAGUUUUUCAUCAGUUAUCUCUUAAUACACAAGGUAUGAAAAGAUAAACUAAAUACAAUGUCUGUCCUCAAAGAAUUUUUCACUUAAUACAUAAAAGUAACUAAUAUAAUAAGUAGUAAAGACCAUUAAAAGAUUACAGAUAAAUUAUGAUGAGGAUUCCAAAGAGGAGAGGUUGCUUCCACUUGAAUAGAAUCAGGGAAAGCUUCCUGUACCUGGUAUUGAGCAAUCUUAAAAAUGGGAAGGAUUGAUUUGUUUAGAGAUUGGGGAAAGGAGCAUUCUAGAAGACAGGUCCAGGAGAUACAGAAGCAUACUCUAGGUGUGAUUAGAAUAUUUUGCCUGGAGUAUAUAGGAUACUGAAAGGAUUUUUAUGGUAGAUUACAGAAUAAGAGUUCAAGGAACUUUUUAAGGGUAAGAAAGGCCUGAACUUGCUUCUUUGCUGAAUGAUCUUGUGGACAUUUAUAGGACAUUAUUAAAGAAAUGCGUUUUAUAUGCAUAGAAAAAGGACUAUGGAUAUAUGCUAAUCUGUUACCAGAGGCAAUCUCUGCUGGUAGGAUUACAAGAUUAUUUGAGUUUUCUUCUUUUUGCUCUUUUGCUUUUAAAAAAGUUUUGACUUCUACAUCAACAUUUUUUGUACAUAUAUUUUUAUUAUGUAAUUUUUAAAUUUUAUAAAAUAUAUCUGCUUCAUGGGCACACUGUGGUGGUAUCUCAUUUGCUCAGCACUCAUCAUCUGAAAGCCUGUUGAUUCUCAGUUAAGGAAACCUUAACCUGCCGCUUCCAUUUUAUUUUAUCCUUUUUAUUUAUUUAUGAUUUAACCCUAGUGAAAAUUUGAAUUGAAUUUGGUUUCAUUUUGCAUUUUUAAUAUGUGCACUGUAUAAUUGACUGAACACCUCAAAACUUACUGUUCUUUUUCAGCUCAGGGAUUUUUCUCAUCCAGCUUUCUUUCAUAUAAAUAGGUUUUACGGAAAGCAACACUUGUUCAGAGCGAAGUGGAUAAAUGUGUAGAAGACAUAAUGAAGGAAAAGAAUAUUAGCCCUGAGAAGGAUGUCAGUUUUAAAAUCUGCAUGAAGGCAUGCUUACUGCAGAUAACUGGUUAUAAACAGCUCUAUUUGGAUGUAGAAAAUGUGAGAAAAAAGCCAUAUGAUUCUGAUAACCUACAACAUGAAAAGCUGCUUCUCAAGCUUUGGAGUCUUCUAAUGCCCACGAAAAAGUUGAAGGCUAGAAUCUCCAAGCAGUGGGCUGACAUUGGUUUCCAGGGUGAUGAUCCCAAAACAGAUUUCAGAGGCAUGGGCAUACUUGGAUUAAUCAAUCUCGUGUAUUUCAGUGAAAAUUAUACCAAUGAAGCUCAUCAGAUUCUUUCCCGCUCAAAUCAUCCAAAAUUAGGGUAUUCUUAUGCAAUAGUUGGAAUCAAUCUUACAGAGAUGGCUUAUAGCUUGUUGAAGAGUGAAGCUUUGAAGUUUCAUCUCUACAACUUUGUUCCUGGGAUACCAAAAAUGGAACACUUUCAUCAGUUUUAUUGUUAUCUUGUCUAUGAAUUUGACAAAUUUUGGUUUGAAGAAAAGCCCGAAAGCAUUAUGUAUUUCAACAUGUAUAGAGAGAAGUUUUUUGAAAAGAUUAAAGGACUCUUACUGGACUAUAAUGUAUCACUUACUUUAAAAAUAUGAGUCAUCCAUAUUAUCUUCUAUUUCUACCACAUUUUGCACACAUAACAGAAUUUAUAUGUUAUAAUAGAAAUUAUCUGAUCAAGUACACUCCUUAAGUAUAAUUUCCUACAAAAAUAUUUCAGAAAUUCUAUUUAAUAAAGCUAGUGGACAAUCAGUGUAUGUUUACAGUUGUUUAUACACUGUCCUCCAAAGGUACCUUAUCCUUCCAAAGACCCCACUCUGUCGAGUCAUGUGAACUAUGGUUUGGAACUCCGGACCUAGCCCAUUUAGUGUAAAAGUACAGAUAAGGUAUUUGUAUUAAAUUGGUUGAUUAAAAUGUGUAAAAA